AUGAACAAAAGUGCCAACGGGAGGCCAUCCAGGACGGUCUACUUAGGUUCCAUACCUUACGACCAGACGGAACAACAGAUCCUCGAUCUAUGCAGCAAUGUCGGGCCCGUUACAGGGUUAAAGAUGAUGUUCGAUCCACAGACGGGCAAGUCCAAAGGCUAUGCAUUCAUCGAAUUCAAGGACCUUGCGACUAGUUCUUCAGCUGUUCGCAACCUCAAUGGUUACUCGCUGGGCAAUAGAACCUUAAAAUGUGGUUACACAACUGGCGGGGGCAUCUCCGAAGAAUAUUCGUUAAGCAAUAGAGGUGAAUUAAUACAGCCAGGAGGUGGCUCCGCGAUAUCGCAGCAAGAGGAACUGGUCUACCCAAAUCUUCCAGAAGGUGUUGAUGUGAAUAUCAACAUGACCACCCCUGCUAUGAUAAUUUCUAGCGAACUCGCAAAACUUACUAAAGAUGAGCAGUUCAAUCUUUUAAAAAAACUGCAAGAAAUGUCGCGCAACGAUCGAGAAUCCUUCGUAAUCCUCCUCAAACAAUGCCCACAGCUCAGUUUCGUCGUAGCUGAACUGUUGCUUACAAACGGAAUCAGUCAGAUCGACGAACUGACCCAGCUUGCCGUUGACCAAGGUAACGGAAACACAAAUUCCAAAGAUAGCACUCCUGUUUCGGGGGAGGAUGACUUCCAAAAGCUAGAACUUUUGAAACAGGUUCUACAACUGACAGAUGCUGAAAUAGCCACUCUUCCAGAGGAUGAGAAGAUGUCUUUGUGGGACUUAAAACAAAGAGCCAUGAAGGGCGAGUUCGGUCCUCUGUAA